AUGGUACGGCAACUAUUAAAGAAGUGUUUUAUAUUGAUAAAGAUAAAAAGAAAAAAUUGGUACCCAAAAGACUUAGUGAAGAUUAUAGAGAAGGUUAGGCUUAACAAAGAUGAAGAUGGUGUCUCUCAUAUGAUUAAUCAAAACCAGUGUCAACAGCACAUCAGUAAUCAUUAUAAAGCAGAUAAUCAUUCUGCUAUUAUAAAGGCUUAUUACAAUACUGAGCCUACUUCUAGAAUAGAGGCCACCAAACUCUCAAGUAAAAAUAAAUUGCAAAGGGAUAUCGAAAUAACCAAAAGAAAAUCAACAGAUGACCUAGUUGGAAAAGCAAUCGAGCACUCUACCACCGAAGUUAGAUCAACACAUGAAGCUGCAACAACUUCCAAUAAUGGUGGAAUCACAACUCAAUCAAACAAAAACAAAACGGGUAAAAAAAGAGCUAAUCAAUUACAAUCUGAUGCUGAUUUUUUCACCAAAAGAUUUUCAAACGAAACUUCAUGUUAUAAUAAUUUUGAAAAUACUAAACAUAAAAAUUAUAAAUUUUUACAUGAUGAAAACAGAAAAGAAAAAUUAUUUAGAAUUGAAAAAAAAGUCAUGAAUUGUGGCGGAGAUAGAAAUAUAUCAAAAGAAGUGUGUUUAGAAGUAAUUAAUGAUUAUAGAAUGGUAUCACUCUGGGAAGAAAUGCAUAAAGGUCAUAUAGGAAGAGAUGCAACCUAUGGGAACUACAAGACUAAAUAUUAUAAUAUGGGAUUGUAUUCUUUUGUAUCUGAUGCAGUAGAUACGUGUGACAUUUGCCAACGAAAUAGAAUAAAAGUAUGGCACUGCGAUAAUGGACGUGAAUUUAAAAACAAAGUCCAAAAAGAAUUCCUAAAACUUUUUCCAGGCUCCAAGUCAGCACAUGGAGCUCCUCGUACACCAACAACUCAAGGUAUGGUAGAAAGAUUGAAUCGAACUAUCAAGGAGAGGAUCUCAAAAUUAAAACAACAAGAUUUUCUUGAUGGUACUUCUAGGUCUCUUUCUGAACUAUUAAAACAAGCUUUGUAUGAUUACAAUAAUACAAAAACAAGAACAAUUAAAAUGACACCAUCUCAAGCUGUUGGUAUUGUACCUUUGUUUAUUAAUGUGCAAUCAGAACAAGACUCUCAAUCAAUUGGUGUUUCAGAUGUUUCAAAAGAAGAAAUAACAGCUAUUAUUCUUGAAAAUCUCACAAGUUACCAAAAUCAAUGGAAUUCAAAACCACCAAAGGGAUUGAAAGUUGGUGAUACUGUACUCUUUCUAGAAAUUAAAAAAAAUAAUAAAAUAUUGAUUUUGUGUAAAAUUCAUAAGGUAAUACAGGAAGACACUAAACAACUUUAUAAACUUGAAUUUUUGGAAGAUGGAAUCAAUAGCCUUCAAAAAAAAGGUUUAUACUCUGGUUUUGUAGGAGGUAACAAGUUGGUUCUUUAUAAACAAUCAACAGUUGAUAUUUUUAGAACAUCGCCAAACAUACAAAAAGAUAUUGAUUCUUUUACUUCUGGUCUUUAUUUAAAUAAUGAUGGGAAAGUUAUUGAAUUUCUGGUUCAGUUUAUUAAAAAUCUUGGUAAGGAUUUAUCCAAUUUCAACUUGCAUCAAUUGGUAACACAAAAUGAUCCAUUUAGGGUUUUGGAAGAUGCUCUUAACAAUCCAUCAAAUAUUCCACCUAUCAUUAACGAUAAUCCAUUUCAACACAAACUCAAUAAUGAAAUGGAACAAGAAGAAAUACUCCCAUUUUUAAAUAAUAAUCCAACAGCGCCAAAUUUAAUGAAUUGUUUGAGAAAGGAUAUGAAUUUAAAAGAAAUAGUACCACCAAUACCUCAAGUGCAAAUAAUACCAUCAUAUACUAUACCACAAUCUGGUAGUGGUAUAGUAACAACUGUUAAACGUCUCAGAGGCCGUCCUCAUAAGAUACCAAUUGUUAAUAAACCUCCUUUAAAAUCACAUUCUAAACCAUCCAAAUCACCUCUCAAAUCAACAUCCAAAUCACCUCUCAAAUCAACAUCCAUUUCACCUUCCAAUUCACCAUUUAAAUCACCAUUUAAAUCACCUUCCAAAUCACCAUUUAAAUUACCUUCCAAAUCACCAUCCAUUUCACCUUCCAAUUCACCAUUUAAAUCACCUUCCAAUUCACCAUUUAAAUCACCAUUUAAAUCACCUUCCAAAUCACCAUCAAUAGGAAAAAUCGUUAAUGUGAUACCUUCAAAAAAAGUUGCAAAAACAAAGUCAACAAGGACACAAAAAUUAGAACUUGAUUUGGUUGCAAUUAAUAGAAGGGGGUAUGGGGAAAUUAGAAAAUAA